UCACCAACCCCCCUCCACGCCAUCUCUAACCCCAAACACUUCAAUCCCAAGUCUUCCGUGAGAACUUCACCAUGCACUCUUUUCUCAUUUUUUGGGUCGGCCUUUUGGCCAUGGUACUUGGGAUCAAUGCAUCACCCAAUGGCGCUGGGCCUCACCCAGGCCAUGGCGGAACAUCCUGCACUGAGAGUGGUGCCACGCUCACUCAGCCAUCUUCUUCCAACACGGUCGAUGGCAAUAUCCCUAUUGACUCGGUCACUAGCUCAACCACGCUAACAAGCACCAUUACAUCGACUACCACCGUCACCAUCACCAUUACCGACUCCAGUUCGUCUUGUGACUUGACUGACGCCACCACCGGCAUCCCUAUCACUGCUUCACCUACUCUUUCCUAUGCCAACACCACCGUGGCUCUCAACACCACGACCUCGACCGUCCACCUUACCAAUGUCACCAGCAACAAUAUUGCUGCACCGACGGCCAACGUCACAGCGCCCAACGCGACUGUCAGUCCUAUUAUCAGUGGCUUCAAAGGUGCUGCCACCCACAUUUCCUCUCAUUCAGCUGCUGCAGUCUUGGGCUUUGUUGUCAUGCUUCUUAUGACGACGUUAUAG